AGCCGCUGCUGGUUGGCUGGGUGAGGCCACCUCCUGGCCUGGGACUCAGGAUCCCGCCUGGGGUCUGAUAGCUACUCCGGAAAAAGGUGGAGACAAGAGAGCCCAGCCCCAACUUCCUCCUGCUGGGGCACAGGAUACUGGGGGACAACUUCCUUGGCCGUGGGGGUAAGUGGCUGUGGUACCAGUUCACCGAAGGGGACCUGAGGCCAGUGGGAACCAUGAGAGGCAUCCAUCUCCUCCUGCUGGCCCUCCUGCUGCGCUCGGAGCUCGCCCUGAGCCUUAGGUGCUACAUGUGCGUUGAUAUGAACAACAGUCCAUGCCAGUCCAUCCAGUGUCAGAUACACAGUGUCUGCUACACUGGUAACCUGACUGUGACCGCGGAGGAAGGAACCCAGGUGAAGUACCAGCAGAAGGGGUGUGCCCCCUCCUGUAAGGAAGUUUCUAGUACAUUGAAGCAGCUUUCGGAGAUAAGCGGCCCGGGGAAUCCAGGUGUGCUGGGCCUAGUUAAGCUUGAAGUGCAGGGUUUGAUGUGCUGUGAUAAGGACCUCUGUAAUGGGGGUGCACAGCUCCUGGGUCCUGGCGGGGGGCUCCUGCUCAGCCUAGGGCCUGUCUUCCUCUGGGCCCUGCUGUGACCAGCCCUGACCCCAGCACAGGGCCUCGUUCUGAACAGAGUCUCACGCAGCAGGCACGCGAAGCAAGCUCGCUGUCCCACCCACGCACACAUACAUACAUACAUACCCACACGCCUGGGCACACACAUGCACGCGCAGACCCCACCGACCCUCAGGCUCUCCUGCCCAACCCACCUGGCCAGCCCCAGCCUCAGGCCCCCAGUGCCCUGCUAUGCCAACAAGCCUGUCCCAUUUUGCAAACACCGUCAACCAACCACUGCUGCAAGAUGCAGAGACUGCUACGCCCUGACCAGACGGACCUGUAGAAGAGCAAAGCCCACAGCCCAGCCCGGGGUCCUGCUCCCAGUGUGCCAGCCAGCCCCCGGAGAAAAUAAACCCUUUCUGCAUCCUC